CAGAAGGCCGCGGGAGCGGCUCGCUCUAGGGGCAGGGCGUUCCCGACGUGCCCCGCGGCACGCCAUUAACCGCCGGGUUUGAAUCGCUGGGCCGCUCGGCGUCGGCGGCGGCGGCAUGGGCGCCCCGGCGUUGCCCCCGGCCUGGCAGCUCUUUCUCAAGGACCACCGCGUUUCAACGUUCAAGAACUGGCCCUUCUUGGAGGGCUGCGCCUGCACCCCAGAGCGGAUGGCCGAGGCCGGCUUCAUCCACUGUCCCACUGAGAACGAGCCCGACUUGGCGCAGUGUUUCUUCUGCUUCAAGGAGCUGGAGGGCUGGGAGCCAGAUGACGACCCCAUAGAGGAACAUAAAAAGCAUUCGUCUGGUUGUGCUUUCCUUUCUGUCAAGAAGCAGUUUGAAGAAUUAACCCUCAGUGAAUUUUUGAAACUGGACAGAGAAAGAGCCAAGAACAAGAUCGCAAAGGAAACCAGCAACAAGAAGAAAGAAUUUGAAGAAACUGCAAAGAAAGUGCGCUGUGCCAUUGAGCAGCUCGCUGCCAUGGAGUGAGGCCUGCGACCUGCUCACCUGGUCCGGGGGUUCCUCGUUUCCCAGGCCUGUGCCCAGCGUCUCCAGCCUUUCUCUGGGACCCCCGAGCAAUGCCUUAGGAAAGGAGAACAUCAGAACUUUGAAGUUAGAUAUUUCGACUAUAUUUUUGUUUUCCCUUAAAGUGGCACCGGAGGCUGCUUCUGCCUGUGCAGCUGCUGCCACCAAUUACAGUAACUGAUUCUCUCUC